CGACACUCAGCGACUGGACAGAGAAAAGCUACGCCCAAAAUUUUCUAUAUCCGUAAAGUCUUCGAACAGAAUCACCGCCACUUUGAACCGUAUUCUCGACAAUAGAACCACCAUCGCAUAGACACAUCCUCGCACACCUUCGGUCCAAUCGUCACAACGAUACUGGGAGCAUCGGAUUACGAGGCCGACCCGACGAAGAUUCUAUUGUCCUAUCCAUUCCAUUACCCUCGCCACGAUGGCGACGGCGACGACAACGGCAACGGCAACGGCGACAGUCACGACAAGCCGUCGGACCAAGCCAAAGAAGGAAAAUCUACCCCCCGAGAACGAACGGUUCCUUCGCUGCUGCGCCGAUGUCGCCAACGCCCUCAUCGAAGACCAUGAAGCGUCCAAAGACCCCAAGAAUCCCCCGCGGAAUAUCAAUCUCAAUGGCCUGAGGAAUAGACUUUCGAAGAAACACAAACUCGCCAACAUCCCGUCUUUGACCGCGAUUAUCGCCGCCAUCCCCGAGCACUACAAGAAAUACAUUCUUCCAAAGCUUAUUGCUAAGCCCAUAAGGACAUCAUCAGGCAUCGCUGUGGUGGCGGUAAUGUGUAAGCCCCAUCGGUGUCCGCACAUCGCCUACACAGGCAACAUCUGCGUCUACUGCCCGGGCGGUCCAGAUUCGGACUUUGAAUACAGCACGCAGUCGUACACCGGCUAUGAACCGACAUCGAUGCGGGCCAUCCGGGCGCGAUACGAUCCCUUCGAACAGGCACGUGGGCGUGUCGACCAACUCAAGUCGCUCGGCCACUCGGUCGAUAAAGUGGAAUACAUCAUCAUGGGCGGCACGUUCAUGUCAUUGUCCGAGUCGUAUCGGGAGGAUUUCAUCGCUCAGCUGCACAACGCGCUCAGCGGCUACCAGACAUCCAACGUGGACGAGGCGGUGGAGGCGGGCGAAAUGAGUAACGUCAAGUGCGUCGGCAUCACCAUCGAAACCAGGCCCGACUACUGCCUGCAGCCGCAUCUAUCCGACAUGCUACGGUACGGUUGUACGAGGUUGGAAAUCGGCGUGCAGUCGCUGUAUGAGGACGUGGCGCGGGAUACGAACCGAGGACACACGGUGGCGGCCGUCGCAGAGACGUUCUGCCUCGCGAAAGACGCCGGCUACAAGGUGGUCAGCCACAUGAUGCCGGACCUCCCCAACGUGGGCAUGGAGCGGGACAUGUACCAGUUCCAGGAGUAUUUCGAGAACCCGGCCUUCCGGACCGACGGCCUCAAGAUCUACCCGACCCUCGUGAUCCGCGGCACGGGCCUCUACGAGCUGUGGCGCACGGGGCGGUACCAGAACUACACGCCGAACGGGCUGGUCGACCUCAUCGCCAGGAUCCUGGCGCUCAUCCCGCCGUGGACGCGCAUCUACCGCGUGCAGCGCGACAUCCCCAUGCCGCUGGUGACGUCGGGCGUGGAGAACGGCAACCUGCGCGAGCUGGCGCUGGCGCGGAUGAAGGACUUUGGCACGACGUGCCGCGACGUGCGGACGCGCGAGGUGGGCGUCAACGAGGUGAAGCACAAGAUACGGCCCAACCAGAUCGAGCUCAUCCGGCGCGACUACGCCGCCAACGGCGGGUGGGAGACGUUCCUGGCGUACGAGGACCCGAAGCAGGACAUCCUCGUCGCGCUGCUGCGGCUGCGCAAGUGUACCGAGAAGUACACGUUCCGCGAGGAGCUGGCGGGCCAGCCGACGAGUCUCGUGCGCGAGCUGCACGUCUACGGCACGGCGGUCCCGGUGCACGCGCGCGACCCCAAGAAGUUCCAGCACCAGGGUUUCGGGACGCUGUUGAUGGAGGAGGCGGAGAGGAUAGCGAGGGACGAGCACGGUAGUGAUAAGAUCAGCGUCAUUUCGGGGGUUGGUGUGAGGAGUUAUUACGCCAAGCUCGGGUAUUGGCUGGACGGACCGUACAUGAGUAAAUGGUUGGAUGGGAGGAGUAAAGAGGGCGGGAAGGGAAGCUAGCCGAGAGAGAAGGGG